AUGGUUGCCAGCGGCCCUGUCAUUGACACGGAGAAAAACUUGCACCUCAUGACUGUGCAAGGCCUAUGGAAAUUCUCAUCUUCUGGUGAAGUCCUUUGGCACUACGAACCUCCUGGCCGCUCUGAUAACCAGCCUUUCCUUCUCGGAGACACUCUGCUGGGGUCCAGCACGUCUGGUCAUGCUUUUGCCGUCGACCGCCGCUCCGGGGAAGAAAUUUGGUCCAAGCGCGUAGCUGAGAGAGCGGGAGGUGAUACAGCUCACCCAGCUGCUUUGGACAAUUUUUUUGUGUUCGCCUCGUCAAAAUGGGAAGGAUCCAAGGAGGCGCUUCCCGGUGGGAACACGAAGAUCUUUGGAAUGGCCGCUGCUACCGGUGAGCAGUUGUGGGAGUAUAAUAGCGACUUCGUUGUUUGGAAUCUCACGCCGCUUUUUCCGGAGGACGACACUGUAGUUUAUAUGUCUGGUGAGGGCCAUGUCUUUCGCUUGGGCCUACAAAAUGGAACACUUAUCUGGAAGACAGUGAUUGCAAACAUGUCGGGCACCUUUUCGGAUGGUGGCGCAGUGCUGGGCCCGAACAAGAUCAUUUACACCUGUAGCAACCCUGGGUAG